GCAAACAUUACUGCCCUUGCCUGCUUGCCUCUGCCUGUAAAAACUGYUGCCGUCACCCUCCCAUUGUCACCCUGCUGGUGUCACCCUGCUGGUGUUACCCUCUUGGUGUCACCGUACUGGCGUCCCUUUCCCGGCGUAGAGCAGYAGGUCUGAGUCCAGUUCAGAGGGUAACUAACAAGCUCCUUCUGCCUGAAAACCAACCCUGUGGAGCAGCCCAGGCACAGAGGAGGGGAGCAGCAAGGAACAGAAGCAAACCAGUGUAGCAAAUUGCACCUUGCAACUCAGAGGACGAUGUUUAUAUACCUUGGAAGACUCUGCUAGAGCUCAGACCAACACAGAGUGCUGGGAAGGAACCAUCCAACACAACACAGGGGUGCAGCACUCCCAACUGGAAGGGAAAAUCCCCAGGCUAUCUAGCCUUUGACUUUGCCAUGGCCAUGAAAACAACCAGCUCAAAGAAAUACCUCCAGCUGCUCCUUUUUCAGGUUGCUUUUCUAGGGCCUGUCUUCUGUGGGAAGAUACUGGUGUGGCCAACAGAAGGCAGCCACUGGCUGAAUAUGAAUGUGAUGAUCCAGGAGCUCAUCCGCCACGGGCACAGCUUUACCAUCCUGGUGUCCAACGCCACCCUCUUCAUUGAUCCCAAGCCUAAGGCCACGGAGAAGUUUGAGACCUAUUAUGUGCCCUUCAAGAAAGAUGUCCCUGAGAGCCUGAUUAAUGGAAUAGUGGAUCUAUGGCUCAACAACAGGCCAACCAUCCUGACCUUCUGGCAGUUUUACAAGGAACUGGGAAGACUCUCUGUAAGCUGGCAGGAGAUGAACAAGCUCAUGUGUGAUGCAGUGCUGACCAACCAAGAGCUGAUGGCUCGUCUGCAGAGGUCUGGCUUUGAUCUGCUGCUGUCAGACCCAGUGACGCCCUGUGGGGAGCUCAUAGCUCUCAAGCUGGGCAUUCCCUUUGUCUACUCUCUACGUUUCUCCCCAGCCUUCACUCUGGAAAGGCACUGUGGCAAGAUCCCAACCCCACCAUCCUACACGCCCGCAGCCCUGUCUGAGCUCACUGACCACAUGUCCUUUUUGGAGAGGGUAAAAAACUUUGUAUCUUACCACCUGCAAGACUACGUUUUCCAGAGCUACUGGGGACAUUGGGAUACCUACUACAGCAAGGUGGUGGUCUGGCCCACCGAUGCCAGUCACUGGAUCAAUGUGAAAGUGCUCCUGCAAGGGCUCGUUCUCCGGGGCCAUGAUGUGACUGUGCUGGUGCCCUCAAGCAAUCUGCUCAUSAACUACCAGGAUACCUCCUCCCCUUUCACUUUUGAGGUCCUGCAAGUGCCCUUUAGCCAGGAGACCCUGGAUGCCUUCAUGGAGGAGUUCCUCAAUUUCUGGAUGAAUGAAGYCUCUAAUCUCUUCCCCUGGGAGAUCAUGUGGACGAUGAAAGAACAGCUGGAGGACUUUACCAAAAUGUCAAAGCAGACCUGUGAUACCGUGGUGAUGAACUCUCACCUGAUAGCAAAGCUGCAGAAGAGCAAGUUUGAUGUUCUGAUCGCUGACCCCCUGUCUGUUUGUGGGGAACUUGUAGCAGAAAUCCUAGAGAUCCCUUUUGUCUACAGCUUCCGCUUCUCUGAGGCAAACGUGGUAGAGCGGCUGUGCGGUGGGCUCCCGUCCCCACCUUCCUAUGUGCCUGCUAGCACAAUGGGGCUGACAGACAACAUGUCCUUUAUGCAAAGACUACAGAACUUCCUCUUCUACUUUUGCAUGGAUUUAUUUUUCUUGAAGUUUUGGCAAGAUGAAUGGGAUGGGUACUACAGUAAUGUCUUAGGAAGGCCCACAACCCUGUGUGAGACGAUGGGGAAAGCAGAGAUUUGGUUAAUCAGAACAUACUGGGAUUUUGAAUUCCCACGCCCUUUCCUGCCCAACUUUGAGUUUGUUGGAGGACUUCAUUGCCAGCCUGCAAAACCAUUACCAGAGGAAAUGGAAGAAUUUGUUCAGAGCUCAGGGGAACAUGGCAUUAUCGUAUUCACUCUUGGGUCGAUGGUCUACAACYUAAGUGAUGAAAAAAGUAAUGUGAUUGCCAGAGCCCUCAGCCAGCUUCCACAAAAGGUCCUCUGGCGA